AUGGUGCUCGCAAAAUCCAAAAACUCCGUAGGGCUGGGCAACAGCCUUAUGAACGAUCGAUUUGGCAAAGGCAAAGCUUCCGGCCAGAAAAAAGUCUCACACAAUGCUGCCAUCGCACGCAAGGGAAUCAACGGUGAAACAUACCUCACAAAUGCAGCCAAGGAAGCGUCAUGGGUGAAAAUGCGCAGUGUCACCGAGCAAGCCGCGCUCGACGAAUUCUUGAGCACGGCCGAGUUGGCAGACACGGAUUUCACGGCCGAGAAGAUAAACAAUGUGAAGAUCAUCCACACCGACCAAAAAAACCCAUAUCUUCUAUCAGCGGCAGAAGAGCGGUCCGCGGUGAAAAAAUUCCAGAAGAAUAAGGAACGUCUAACUAUCCCGAGACGACCCAAGUGGGAUGAGAAGACAACCCCGCAAAAGUUGGACUCUAUGGAGCGAGAGAGUCUGCUCGACUGGAGGAGAGGCCUUGCCGAGUUGCAGGAAAACCAGGAUUUAUUGAUGACCCCCUUUGAGCGAAAUCUGGAAGUCUGGAGACAGUUGUGGCGUGUUAUCGAACGCUCCGAUCUCAUCGUGCAGAUUGUGGAUGCGAGAAACCCGCUUCUCUUCCGCUCCGAAGACUUGGAAAAAUACGUGACGGAGGUUGACCCCAAAAAACGAAAUCUGCUACUGGUCAACAAGGCAGAUAUGAUGACAUUGGAGCAGCGCGAGCUUUGGGCGGAUUAUUUUGAAAAACAGGGCAUCAGUUAUCGGUUUUUCUCUGCUCAUCUGGCCAAGGAGCAAAACGAGGCCCGUCUUCUCGAGGAAGAGUCGUCUUCUAGUGACGAAGAUGACGACGCCGAGGGAGUUGAUCUGGCAAAAGAGACGCAGAAAAAGAUGGACCUUGCAAAUGAAGAAGAAUCCAACGAGGAAGAAUCAGACGGCGACGAGAACGACUCAGGCUCACUGAGAACUCGGAUCCUCGACGUCGAUGAACUGGAGGAGCUGUUCCUUGCCAACGCACCCAAACCAGGCGAGGGCGCACAACAAAAGGAAAAGACAACCAUCGGUCUCGUUGGAUACCCCAACGUCGGAAAAUCCAGCACAAUCAACGCCCUUCUCGGCGCCAAAAAGGUAUCUGUAUCAGCAACGCCCGGCAAAACCAAGCACUUCCAGACACUGUACCUAUCGCCAAAUCUCCUCCUCUGCGAUUGCCCCGGUCUCGUAUUCCCAAACUUCGCCAGCACCAAGGCCGAACUGGUCAUCAACGGUGUACUCCCCAUCGACCAACUCCGCGAGUUCACGGGACCCGCAGGCCUUGUGGCGCAUCGCAUCCCCAAGCACUUUUUAGAAGCCGUCUACGGCAUGAAAAUCCCCACGCGACCCUUGGAAGAAGGCGGUACCGGCGUCCCCAGCGCCAACGACCUGCUCCGUGCGUAUGCGCGAGCCCGUGGUUUUGCAACCACGGGUCUGGGCCAGCCGGACGAGUCGCGCGCGGCUCGCUACGUGUUGAAGGACUAUGUCAGUGGAAAACUGCUGUACUGCCACCCACCUCCAGUUUCUUCUUCUUCCGAGACAGGAGAUAAAGAAGAAGGCGAGGCUGUAGUCGACCCAGCCGAAUUCAACCGCGAUCUGUACAACCUCGCACAUCUCCCCGAAAGGCGACGCGAGCAAAUCCUCAAAGCUGCAGCUGACCGACAAAAGCUUGACAGCGGUGUUGCUGGUGCUGCUGACGGCGACGAUACAUCAUCGCUAACUACCGACUUGACGACAGACAUCCCAAUACAACCACAAGGCUCACGCUCCCGCCAUCUCGACAAGGGUUUCUUCGGCCCCGGCUCUUCCGCAACAAAUGGGCAUCUCAACAGACCAUUCAACUACAAAUACUCUGAACAAGGUCAAGCCACCAAGGAACUCACGGGCCGUAAACAGAGGUUGAUGACUGCAUUGGAAAAGAACAUUGAUCCGUCAGAGGUGCGGCUCAACUCGUCGUCGAAGAAGCAUUUUAAAGGUGGGAAGAAGGCAAAGGCAAAGUCCAAGGCGCCGAGUACGGAUGAUUAUGAGUGA